AUGAACAACAAGUUAAAAAUUUUGACCCUGCUGUGCGUGGCCACCACCGGCACGUACUACAUAUGUGUGCACAAGAAGAAGGAAAUUAAGAAGCUACUCAAUUCUGUCUUUGUAAAUGGAAAAAAGAAGAAGCAUAAACGGAGGGACAGUAGUGUGCGCAGGAAGAAUGCCACUGCACGUAAAGGGAAAUCCUUGACUACCUUAGAACCCAUGGAAAGCGAAUCCGGAGCAGACGAAAUUGUUCAUGUGGAUGAAGACACCUCUGUUAUCAGCUCAGAUAACGACUCCUAUUUUCUUGACGUGAGGGAAGAGACCCCACGGGGGGGAAUACCUUUCCAGAAAGCAUCGUCCGGGGAAGAAGAAGAUAGCACCCUGACGGAUGUAGAAGAUAUUAACAACCUUAAUGACAGAGCAAGUUACAACGUUGUGCAGAUAAAGGGGAAACAUAAAAACAGGGGGAAAUACCUGAAUGGGCUUCGGAAAAGAACCCCCCAAAAGGGAGUCCCCCAAAAGGAAACCCCUUCAAAGAGACCUUCCCACGAGGAGGAAGACUUCCAAUCUGCGAAUAACCUAAACGAAUGUGCGGUCAUCCUGCCGGAAAAGUACAAAAUAUAUUUCAAGUCCUUCGGGUGCGCACACAACAGCUCGGAUUCUGAAUUUAUGAUGGGGCUGCUGGGGAACUACGGAUUUCAAUUCGUGAAAAAUGUGGAAGAGUGUGAUAUUUGCAUAAUUAAUAGCUGCACGGUGAAGAAUCCAAGUGAGGAAAGUAUGAAGACCAUUAUAAAUUACGUGCAUAAGUUGAAUAAGGCUAAUAGGAGGAGGGCGAAUGGACAAACAGGCAAAAAAGGGAAGAAGGGAAAAAAGGGAAAAACGGAUGGGGGGGAAUUGGACCCACAUGUGGAUUAUCUCACGACGUCAUCUUCUGGAAUCUCGGAUUUUGAGCAGGAAAACGGGAAGGUAGAAGGCAGCUGCUGCGCGGAAACGGCCUGUGGAUGUGCACCAGCCAAGGGCGAUUCGGGUUUGGUAGGAAAGGCAACAGUGAAGGAAAUGGAAAAGGAUGCAGUUACAGGAGUGCCCGGGAUAGCCCCCUGUGGAGACAUCAAAAUCAUCGUCUGCGGAUGUGUGCCGCAAGCGGAGAAGGACAUGGAAAUAUUCGAAAACGUCUCCCUUGUCGGUGUGACCAAUAUCGACAAAAUCGUGGACGUCGUGGAAAAUGUGAUUAACGGGUACAACGUACGUUACCUGAAGCAAUCAAAAAAAAUGACCUCAUUGAACCUCCCAAAAAUAAGAAAAAACAAGUACAUAGAAAUAAUAAAUAUUAACAAUGGGUGUUUGGGAAAUUGCACCUAUUGCAAGACCAAAUUUGCCAGAGGGGACUUAGCUAGCUAUAACAUACCCGAUAUUAUUAACAGAAUAAAGCAUGUGUGCAGUGAGGAAAAUAUAAAAGAAAUAUGGCUGACGUCGGAAGAUACGGGUGCAUAUGGAAUUGACUUAAAUACCAACAUUGUUAAACUACUUAAAGAAAUUUUGGACACUGUUUCGAAUAGCGACGUUAUGAUCCGCCUGGGUAUGACCAACCCACCGUACAUUCUGAAGCACAUCAAAGAUAUAUGCAAUUUGCUGAAGCAUAAAAAUAUGUAUGAAUUUAUUCACAUCCCUGUUCAGAGCGGCAGUAACAGAGUGUUAAAAAAUAUGAACAGGGAAUAUGAAAUUGAAGAUUUUAUAUACUUGGUGGAAAAUUUAAGGAAGGAUGUUCCAAAUAUAACCAUUGCAACGGAUAUUAUUUGCGGAUUUCCAUACGAAAUGGAGAAAGAUCACAUGGAAACUGUCGACUUGGUAAAAAAAUAUCAAUUUCCCAUACUUAACAUUUCCCAGUUUUAUCCCAGAAGGGGCACUGUAGCUUAUGGCAUGAAGAAAAUUAACACAAAAAUUGUGAAAAAAAGGUCCAGAGAAGUAACGGACGCGUUCCUUUCCUAUACGAACAAUUAUAAAUUUUUGGAAGGAACUACACAGAGGGUUUUAUUCACCGAAGUGUCCACAAAAAGUGAUGACCUUAUUGGCCACACGAAACAGUAUGUUAAGGUGUUGCUGCAAAACAGGAACAAUGAAAAUGCGCAUUUGUUGAGCCAUUUCGCUAACUGCAAAAUUGUUUCAGCGCAUAAGUGGCACGUAGUUGCCGAACUGGCGUGA